GACGUGUGACGUGACGUGUCGAAAACAACUUUUUGACAGCUGUCUUUGUAUCUAAACAAUCUGCUCUGCUAGAAAAUAUCAAUUCGAAAUAUAUAAUCAUUUCUCGAGCAAAAUGACCAACCAAGAAAUUAAAGAUAAAGAUGACGCUGCUAAUAAGCCGACGAAAAUCAACAAAUGGGAUGGUUCUGCCGUUAAAAAUUCUUUGGAUGAUGCUGUUAAAGAGGUUCUCACUAAAAAAUACAACUAUGUUGAAAAUUUUGCUCUUAUGGAUGGCAGAUUGUUAAUUUGUGGUAUAGCUGUCGGCGUAGCAAUGUUCGCUCUUGUUUGGGAUUAUUUAUACCCGUUUCCAGAAUCUAAGCCCAUUUUGAUAUUUUCUGUUACAACAUACUUCUUUAUGAUGGGUGUGCUAACUUUGUAUACAACAUACAAAGAGAAGGGCAUUUUUGCUGUAUGUGUACAAAAGAACUCUAAAAGGGACAUAGUUUGGGAAGCUAGCUCAUAUUUGAAAAAAUAUGAUGAUAUUUACCAUUUGAAAUUGAGCUGUACGGAUUCCAAUGGUAAAUCAAAUGAAACAUCUUCCAAGAAAAGUGUGGCUAAUUUUAUAAAUGAGCAAGGCUUUGUGGUUCCCGAGUUGGUAGAAGCUGAAGUCACAAAAUUACAUAAUUCACUUUUACAUGAUCGUAAAGAUAAAUAAAUUAUAGUGAUAAUUUGAAUAAAAUUGGUAUUUAUAA